UGUGCCUGUCAGAAGUGUUUAUCAGAGGAAUCAGAUCCUUGGUUUACGAAAAAUUUCAACCAGUCUGUUCAGCCCUUUUUGACAAAAAAAUACAGCACCCCAGAGAAUGCCUUCAACUGGUGGAAGCGCCUGCAGCACGAUGGCAGCAGCUUCACCAGCUACACAGAAGUAGUAGACAAGCUGUUUGAGAUAAUCCCGGACAAAGAUCACAACACACAGCCCCGCCCUGAUAAAUGCAGGAGUUGUGCUGUAGUGGGCAAUUCCAGGAAUUUGAGGGGCUCACAUUAUGGAGCCCUCAUUGACUCUCAUGAUAUCAUCAUAAGAAUAAAUCGUGGUCCUACCCAGGGCUAUGAAACAGAUGUUGGGGCCAGAACAACUCAUCGUGUCAUGUAUCCAGAGAGUGCAAUGGAUUUAGGUAACACCACUCAUCUUGUGCUGUUUCCAUUCAAGACCAUGGAUCUGCGGUGGCUGGUCAGUGUGUUGACCACAGGAACAUUUACAAUGAAGUCAUACACAGCUGUGACAGCAAAGAUAAAAGCUAACAAGGAUUUGGUGAUGGUGCUCAGUCCAGCUUUUAUAAAAUAUAUUCAUGAAGUCUGGCUGGAUAAUCCGGCUCACACGUAUCCAUCUACCGGCUUUAUGACUGUGGUUCUCAGCCUGCACAUGUGUGAUGAGGUCAGUGUGUUCGGUUUUGGAGUGGACAGGGAUGGAAACUGGAGCCAUUACUUUGAGGAACUCAGAAACAAAAAUUUGAAAACUGGACCACAUCAUGGGCAAGAUGAAUAUAAAGUUAUUCAACAACUGUCUGAUCUACAUAAAAUCCAAAUGCACAAAGGGUGGUGAUCUCUCUCUCUCUCUCUC